GUCAACAAACAUGGAAGGCUCGGAUGCGGCUCUUCAGCUCCUCAACAUUGAACAAGAAAUGGUGAUCCUGCACUUGUUGACGCGCAGGCGACGCAGAAGACGUUUGCGUAGGUGGUAUGUUCGACCACUGAACCAGUCUAGGUUGACGACUGGCGAAUUUUCAUCACUGGUUAGCCCACUGCGUCUCGAUGCGGAAAUGCACUUUCGGUACUUUCGCAUGUCAACGGACCGGUUUGAUGACCUACUUUGCCGUAUACUGCCUUUGCUAUCACACCAGACAACGCACAGCAUGCCUAUCGAUGCCGGACAGAGACUUGCAGUCGCACUACGAAUUCUAGCCUCGGGCGGAAGUCAGCAAGCUGUGGCGGCUAGCUACAAACUAGCGUCGUGCACCGUGUCCGGCAUUUUGUCGGAGGUCUGCGAAGCAUUGUGGAGAGCCCUCCAGCCCGAUUUUUUGCCGUGUCCUACAACUAGCCAGUGGGAAGCCAUAGCAUCGGAUUUCUGGCGGCUGUGGAAUUUCCCAAACUGCGUUGGAAGCCUCGAUGGAAAACACGUCACUAUAAAAGCACCGCCACAUUCAGGAAGCGAGUACUUUAACCAUAAAAAGACUCACUCAAUUGUGCUGAUGGCAACAUGCGAUGCCAGAUACCGCUUCACAAUGGUGGAUGUGGGAGGAUAUGGAAGAGAGAGCGAUGGUGGCUUAUUCAAAGAGAGCAAGUUUGGGUCAAUGUUGCUUGACUAUAAACUGAAUCUGCCACCACCGGCUAAACUUCCAGGGACUGCAGACCUCAUCCCUCAUGUGAUUGUUGCUGAUGCAGCCUUUCCCUUGCACUGCAACAUGAUGCGUCGCUUUCCAGGAAGAACACUGAGUUUAGAGAAACAGAUCUAUAACUACCGCACUCCAGGGCCAGGCGGGUUAUAGAGAACACAUUUGGGAUCUUGGCUGCACGGUGGAGAAUUCUUGGGAGGACUAUAGAUUUCCAUCCUGAAAAAGCUGUUGCUGUUGUGAAAGCCUGUGUGGUCCUUCACAACUACCUGACCUACACCGAUGAAGUGAGCUCGCCUGACAGCAGAUACAUCCCACCCAACUUUGUUGACUUUGAUACAUCUGGGUCAGUGCAGCCUGGUGAGUGGAGAAGAGUGGUGGCCGACGACACCAAUCUACUACCUGUGAGUGCGGCUCAGUUGUCCAGGGCUCGUUCCAAAAGAGAUGCGACAGCUGUUCGAAAUGACCUGAUGGCUUUUUUUCAGUCACCUCAAGGAACUUUGCAAUGGCAAAAUGAAAUUGUGUGCCGUGGCACUCUCAACGAGUGACAGUGAUUGUAUGAAAUGUUAAAAAUUCUUUGACAUGUGCUUAAUUUAUUUAG